CCAUUCGUUCAGCCAGCUGAAGUUUGGAGACUAUAUAAGACAGACCAACUCUACCACUGUACCUUUGUGAAGACGUGUAACUGGACAAUGAGGGUUGUUCUUGGUUUGCUGUUGUUGCUGCUCGGUCUGUGUGGCUCAGGGGCUCAGGGGGAGGGUGGAGGCCUCGACGAGGGGGGUGCAGUUGAGGAAUCGUCAGAGCAGACCACAAAGCAAACCACCUGUGAUAUUUGGGUGGAGAUGAGGGCUCUAAGAGACAUGGUGGUGGAGCUCAAGGUGGAGCUGAGGAACAUGGAGGCCAGAGUGAAGGACAGUGAGAGCCAGGUGAAUGAACUGAAGACUGAGCUGAUCUUGACCAAGGUGCAAGUGGAGCUGCUGCAGAGAGAGAAUUCUGUUCAAGCCACACAACUGAUCUCUCUGGAAACUAGACUGACUGCCACCGAGAGCAAAACAAGUGACCUAGAGAAACAGAAUGCAGACUUGCAGACCAGACUGAGUACCAGUGAGAGUGAACUUCUCGUCAGUAAGUCCAGGAUUGACCAGCUGGAGAGAGAAAAUGGAGUCCAAGCCACACAACUGAUCUCUCUGGAAACUAGACUGACUGCCCCUGAGAGCAAAACAAGUGACCUAGAGAAACAGAAUGCAGACUUGCAGACCAGACUGAGUACCAGUGAGAGUGAACUUCUCGUCAGUAAGUCCAGGAUUGACCAGCUGGAGAGAGAAAAUGGAGUCCAAGCCACACAACUGAUCUCUCUGGAAACUAGACUUACUGCCACCGAGAGCAAAACAAGUGACCUAGAGAAACAGAAUGCAGACUUGCAGACCAGACUUAGAACCAGUGAGAGUGAACUUCUCGUCAGUAAGUCCAGGAUUGACCAGCUGGAGAGAGAAAAUGAAGAGAAACCAAAGGUGGCCUUUUACACAGCUCUGACUAAUUCAAGGAACGUUGGACCAUACAACACUGACAUGACACUGAAAUACAGCAAGGUCUUCACCAACAUUGGCAACGCUUACAAUCCAGCUACAGGUUUCUUCACAGCACCAGUGAAAGGGGUCUACUAUCUCCAGUUCACUGCAUUUGGUUACCAUGCAGGUUCUAUGGGUAUACAGGUGUACAAGAACAACCAAAGGAUUAUGUAUAAUGAUAUUUGGCAAUCUUCUGGGGGUGAUAAGUAUUUCACUAACUCUCUUGUCUUGGAGCUGAUAGCAGGAGAUGAAAUUCACCUUGUUCUCCCAUCAGGUAAUUUUCUCUAUGACGAUAAAGAUAACUACAGCACCUUCAGUGGUGCCCUUCUCUUCCCACUGUAAGGAUGUUGUUUGGCUGCUGUGUGAUUGAUUUGUCACAAACUCUGUUGUUAUUGCUACACUGUGAUUCUUUAGAAAAUACUGUACACUUAGUGAAUGUAUCAAAUAAUGUGAUUCUGAAUCUGACUUCCCUCUUGUAUCGUUACAUUAAAACAACAUUCAAAUAAAUCAAAGAUUCAUUGAA